UUGUACACGUUGAAAAACUCCGGUCUGUGUUUUAAACGGCGGAAAGAAACAGCAUAACAACGGAACAAAACAGCGAAACGGUUAAAAUGGCGAACUUGCUGGUUGUGUCGGUGAUAGUGCUCGCAUUUAACUUAUCAUACUCAAAAGCUCAAAGAUCUCCCACGAUUUCUUAUAUAUCCCAAACCCAAAUCAAGGAUAUUGGAGGUACUGUCGAAUUGGCUUGCUCAGUUCAGUAUACGUCCGACUAUCCGGUACUGUGGAUGAAAGUGGAGAAGGGAACCAAUACUGCCAGCUUGCCUAUAUCGACUGGAAGCUCUCUGAUUUUGCACGAUUCGCGGUUUUCGCUUCGUUACGACCCGACAAGUUCGACUUAUGUCCUUCAAAUCAAAGAUAUGCAGGAAACCGAUGCUGGUUUCUACCAGUGCCAGAUCAUUAUUUCUCCGAGUAAUAGAGUGAGCGCCGAAGUAGAAGUCCAAGUGCGCAGACCUCCGUUCAUUUCCGACAACUCCACCAGAUCUGUGGUGGUCUCGGAAGGCGAAGCGAUCGAGAUGGAAUGUUACGCGGGGGGAUAUCCUCCGCCUAGGAUAUCUUGGAGGCGCGAAAACAACGCCAUCUUACCGACCGGCGGCUCCAUUUACAGGGGCAACAAGCUGAAAAUUAAAGCCAUCCAAAAAGAAGACCGGGGCACUUACUAUUGCGUGGCGGAAAACGGUGUCGGGAAAGGUACGAAACGUAACAUCGCCGUGGAGGUGGAAUUUGCUCCUGUGGUGACCGUGCCUAGACCGAGAUUAGGGCAAGCCUUGCAGUAUGAUAUGGAUCUCGAGUGCCAUGUGGAAGCCUAUCCGCCUCCGGCGAUUUCGUGGGAAAAAGAUGAGAUAACUUUGUCGAAUAAUCAACAUUACAAGAUUUCCCAUUUCGCUGUGGCAGAUGAGUUCACCGACACCACCUUGAGGGUUAUUACAAUAGAAAAAAGGCAGUAUGGGCAAUAUGUAUGCAGGGCAGCAAAUAAGUUGGGUACCUCCACGGGAAGAGUAGAACUAUUCGAGACUGUGAUUCCCGUAUGCCCUCCCGCCUGCGGCUCCAACCGUUUCGCCGCCGCUUCGACGAUGUCGACCAGUACGGCAGCGUUAUUCAUUACCCUAACGAUAAUGAUGUUCAGAAACAUCCGUGCCCAACGUUAAUUACCCGGGCUUGAUCUGGUCGGGCGGAGGUUGCAAAACAGUUCCGCCGUCCCGCGGACACUUUACCUUUCUUUUACUCAUCGUUUCGACGCUCGUCGAUAUUUUAAGAUAAACGAUACGAUGGAAGUUUGGACCAAACUUUGUCGACGAACGCGUAAAACCUCGACCUAAGAUAAUUUAAGCAGCUCUAGUUAUGUCGUAAGUAGGGUGGCACUAAUCGAAUUGAAUCUACUGGGUGUUCCGGCAGUAUCUCUUUGUAACUAAACGUAAUUUUCGUAACAUCACGCCAUAUUCCGCGAAUACUCUCGACAAUGUUGCUACAGUAUCGUACAAAAAAUGUAUUUACUUACGAUAGUACUCAAAAAUACUUUUUGGAAACUCGAUGACCUAUUAGAAUAUGGAGGAUGGGAAAAGAUGCGCGUUUAAAAGUGAGGUUAUGUUCCCUAUUUCGAAGACAGCAGCGUUGCCACAUCAACUCGAAAAUUUUAAAAAAUUCUGAAACCGGCUAUUCAACGUGCUUACACAUUCGAAGAUAAAAAUUAUUUUUUAGAGAAUUAUCAUUAUCCCUUCAACCAUUUACUCAAAAAGUGAAUGGAUUUGUGAUGUAACAAAAAAAAAUCGGGGGAUAUUUCGUGGACUUGGUGGGUAAAUUUUCUUUGCAAAUAUUGCACCUUAAAAUUUUUCCCACGAACCGCCACUGGCUUCAACCGUUUCAGAUAAAAAUUUGAAAUUUUGGUAGCGACUGGCUUGCCCCCGUAUUUCAUUGCGGCAAUAAAAAUAAACUAAUUGGGCAAGCAAGAAAAGAAAGAAAAACAGGAAAUCAAAUCAUGAUUAAUUAUUAUGGGUACGCUACUGGAUCACAGAAAAAUAUCAAUAGCUAGUUUUCUAGUAGAAUUAAGAUUUAGAUGGAAUAUGUCUACGUGACUAAAGUGGUGAUUGUAGUUCUUAUGCAUUUGAGUUUAGUGCCAAGUCACAAUAAAAUUAGUUUGAGUUUCUUAAAAAUCUUGUAUGUGUCAAUAAAUUCAUAAAUAUAACGUAUGAAACUUAUCUGUCUCGUACUGAAAGUCACUUAGGUUUGGGUAAAAUUUGAACACAGGAUGACGUAUAAACUUUUAUUUUUGUUUUCUAUUCUGUUUAUGCAUUUAAAAUGUUUUGGGUACCACAGUUUACCACGAUACUUUUAAAUUUUUUUAUUGGCUUUAAAAUUGGGACAUAACUUACUUUCUCAUAUUUUGCAAAAUAUGCCUAAUCUUGUAACCACCAUGCGAUGUCCCAAAUCUCAUAUCAAAUUGUUUGCAUUUUGGCAAACCGUAAUGACCGACUGAAUAUUUUGUAAAACAUAAUUUUAAUCUCCAAAAUAUCUCAAGAAAGCUAUAACAUAUGUUACUUAGAAUUUUAGAUUUUUUUUU